AUGUCAUCUCAACGGAUCGCAUUCAAAGUUUCUGGGACCGUGCAAGGAGUGGGAUUCCGAGACUUCACGCAGCGACGCGCCACUGAGUAUAAUCUGAGGGGAUGGGUGAAAAACACGCACUGUGGAAGGGUCGAAGGAGAGGCCCAAGGAAGCGAAGAGUCCGUGCAGAAGUUGCUCAAGGACAUCAGCAAGGGACCUCGUAUGGCACAUGUUGUCAAGGUCGAGAAGAAAGAGAUUGGCGUAAAGGACGGCGAAGAGAACUUCGCAUGCUAUAAGACAUCAGAGUCGGGAUUUGCGAAUAUCGAGUGA